AAUACCAGAUGUGCCAUCCGCGAUAGUUUCAUUUCUACGCAGGCACUAAGGGGAGAAGGAGGAAACAAACAAAGAAGCGCCUACCAUUUUAAAAAUAGCUACUGCUGGGCCUUCAAUGGACGCGGGAGCAGCCGGCGCCGCCUCCGCCACCGAUGAUCUUCCGAUGACGGCUGCCAUAUCUCGGUGGAAAUUCGCCGUGUCCCGGCAGUAUCAGUAUCUGCUCGACAAAGCGACGCCGCAUGUCCUCCACCGUUGGAUCGCCUGCUUAGUCGUGGCCUUCAUCUACGUCAUCCGCGUCUACAUCGUCCAGGGGUUCUACAUCGUGUCCUAUGGUCUAGGCAUUUACAUCCUCAACCUUCUUAUCGGAUUUCUCUCCCCCCAGGUUGACCCCGAGAUCCGGGAAAUCUCAGAUGGUCCGUCUCUUCCCACCAGGGGGUCCGAUGAAUUCCGUCCUUUCGUUCGCCGGCUCCCGGAGUUUAAGUUCUGGUACUCGAUUACAAAGGCAUUUUGCAUUGCGUUUGCGAUGACAUUUUUUAGCGUAUUUGAUGUACCGGUGUUUUGGCCAAUUCUUCUCUUCUACUGGGUAGUCCUAUUCUCGCUUACCAUGAGGAGACAGAUAUCUCACAUGAUCAAAUACAGAUAUGUGCCAUUCACAUUUGGGAAACAGCGCUAUGAUGUAAAGAGAGCAACGGCAGAGAGCUCAACCCUUCUUCCUAGGGACUGAAUCCUUCAGGUUGAUUGAACUUUAUUUGCUUCAUUUAAGUGGCAGACCCACAAGUUACUUGAUUGCAUAUGCAGUAUUCUUUGAACAGCUGGAGCAAUCUGAGUUUAUUAUGCCUGACUACCUCGAGGACGGGUUUGGGCGUCCUGGAUGUGCAACUUUCAGUUGAGCACUGAUGUGCCACCUGGGAAGAUUCUACAUCCGAGUGAAAGAUCUAGUUUUGGGGAAGGAAAAGGGUUGCUGAAGGCUCUUAACCCUUACCCCUAGUUUUCUUUUAAUAUUUACCUUUUUCUAAUUUCUUGGAUUUCAAUAUAGGUGGGCAAUUGCCAUACUCCUUUUGCUGAAUUCCUAUUUAAAUGACAUGAAAUUCUAUUAAGCCUGUGUAGAAGGUCUCCCUGUCAUAAUUGCAAUGAAUUUAUAGUUAUAGUGAUCGAUCUAUUGCAAUGAAAGUAAUUUUGGCCAAUCUGUUUUGAUA